AUGCCUGGUUCUGAUGGUAGCGAAGAGCUCAACGAUGAGGACUUCAUCGUCGACAUCGAUGGCAUUCAAUCCCACGGUAUUGGCGCAGCGGACAUCACCAAGCUGAAAGCAAAUGGAUUCUUUACUGUUGCUUCUGUCCAUGGCGCUACCCGCAGAACACUCCUCAAAGUCAAGGGCUUCAGCGAAGUCAAGGUCGAGAAAAUCAAGGAAGCUGUGCAGAAGUGUCUACCCUCGGCAUCGGGCUUCAUCACCGCGAUGGAGCUAUUCCACCAGCGAAAGAAAGUCGUCCGCAUCUCCACUGGGAGCAAGCAAUUUGACUCCAUCCUAGGAGGCGGCUUCCAAAGUAUGAGCAUCAGCGAAGUCUUCGGUGAAUUCCGCUGCGGCAAGACCCAACUCUCACACACAAUGUCCGUUGUCGCCCAGCUCCCCAAAUCCCUCGGUGGUGCAGAUGGCAAAGUCGCAUACAUCGACACUGAAGGCACGUUCCGACCCGAGCGUAUUGCGCAGAUUGCGGAACGCUUCGGUAUGGAUCCUGAUGUGGCGCAGGAGAAUAUUGCGUAUGCUCGUGCCCUGAAUAGCGAGCACCAGCUUGAGCUUCUGAAUACCCUGAGUCGAGAAUUUGCGGAGGGCGCUUAUCGCUUGCUUGUUAUUGACAGUAUUAUGAACUGUUUUCGGGUGGAUUAUUGUGGGCGUGGUGAGCUGGCGGAGAGACAGCAGAAGUUGAAUCAGUUUUUGAUGAAGCUGGCGCAUAUGGCUGAAGAAUUCAAUGUUUGUGUCUUGAUGACAAAUCAGGUUCAAAGUGACCCUGGUGCAAGUGCACUCUUUGCUGGUGCUGAUGGUCGCAAGCCUGUUGGCGGUCAUGUUCUUGCCCAUGCGUCUACAACUCGCGUGCUUCUUCGAAAGGGCCGAGGUGAGGAGCGUGUCGCAAAGAUUCAAGACUCUCCUGACUGUCCUGAGAGAGAAGCCACUUACGUUAUCACGAAUGGAGGCAUCAAUGAUCCGGAUAAGAUUUGA